AUGGAAACAGGGAGCAAGACUGUUGAAUUGGAGGCUGUUGAACUUAUUGGGAGCAAGGCUGUUGAAUCAGAGAUUGUUGAAUCACAGGCUGUUGAAUCAGACACUGUUGAACUUAUUGAAACAGGGGGCAAGGAUGAUGAAUCGGAUACUGAUGUAUCAUUGUUUGAUGAAUCGGAUACUGAUGAAUCAGAUAUUGAAAAACUUAUUGGUCGUGAAUGUGAGUAUUGUUUAAAGGUGGGUGUUCACUUUACCCAAACAUGCCCUUACAAGUAUCACGUCCCAAAGAACGCAAUUGUUAGCAAGAGUUGUGGUAUAAGCGAUGGAUGUGCAGUUCUCAUGGAUUGUUUACAUUGUGGGAAGAUAGAGAAUGGAGAGUUAAUGGUACUCUAA